AGUUUGAUGUUCCUUGGCGCAGAGAGCACUGGAAGCAGUUCGUUUGGCAGAUCGUGACGAAGUGGCAGAGAGUUCGAUUCAUAAAGUGAAAUUCGGAACCGGGCAACAAUGUUUUUCCAAAUCGCAAUUAACCUGGGGCUAGUGUUGGUCGGUGUGGCUGCGGUUGUUUACAUGUUAAUUCGCCGGCAGUUUACUUACUGGGAAAGAAAGGGGGUGCCGUAUAUAAAGCUGGAAAGCUAUUUGGGCACCUAUGCCGACGUUAUAAACAAGAAGAAGUCGGUGCCUGAAAUGCUGAAAGAACUUUUCGGCAAGUUGAAAGGAGAGAGAUUCGGCGGUGUAUGGGAAAUCCUUUCGCCGAGAUUAUUCCUCGUCGAUCCGGACGUACUUCGGGACAUUAUGGUGAAGAAUUUCGACUCCUGGACCAGUCGCGGGAUGACCUUCAAUCCGGAAGUGGAUCCGCUCUCCCAGCACGUAGCCAUGCUCGAUGGGAAGAUGUGGAAGGGAGUGAGAACGAAGCUCACCCCCACCUUCACCUCGGCGAGACUGAAGCACAUGCAUUACCUUCUUUUGGAGUGCGCAAAGGACUUGGAGAAGUACCUUGACUCGCUGGCUCAGAAAAAUGAGCCCAUCGAAGCCAGGGAAGUUAGCGCCAAGUUCACCACGGACGUUAUUGGAUCAUGUGUAUUUGGGAUCCAAAUGAACUCGUUGAGCGACGAAGAUGCAGCCUUCCGUAAGAUGGGAAGGAAGAUCACUGACAGCUCUUCAUUCUGGAGCCGAUUCACGCUUCUGGUUCAAGCCAGUUCUCCGUGGUUGUUCAAGAAAUUGAAGCUCUCCCUGACAUCGCCGGACGUCGAAGAGUUCUUCCUUAGAAUCACGAGGGAAGCCUUCGAAUACCGAGAGAAGAACAACGUGCAGAGGCACGACUUCAUAGACCUUCUGAGGAACCUCAAAAACACCGACCAGAAACUGGGCGAGGAUGACGUAGUGUUCGAUGACAAACUCCUGACCGCCCAAGCGUACGUCUUUUUUGGAGCCGGUUUUGAGACGAGCUCAACGACGAUCGGGUACGCCCUUCACGAGCUGGCUGUUCAUCAAGAUAUUCAAGAACGUCUUCGGAAGGAACUGCGUGAAAUGCAAGCCGCUAACAAGGGAGAAAUCACCUGGGAUGGUUUGCAGGGCAUGAAAUACUUGGACAAAGUGUUUCAAGAAACACUAAGGAAAUAUCCAGUCAUUCCGCAAAUCGAACGAGUCUCAGUUAAGCCCUACCAACUCCCAGGAACAAACGUGGUGCUACCAGCAGGAUCAAAGUGCCUCAUCCCCAUCUACGCCUUCCACCACAACCCGGAAUUUUUCCCCGACCCGGAGAAAUUCGACCCGGAGAGAUUCACCGAGGAAGCCAAGGCUGAACGACGUCCCUACACUUUUAUACCCUUCGGUGGUGGACCCAGAAAUUGCAUAGGUUCUCGGUUUGCCGAGCAACAGUCGAAAAUCGGUAUCGUCAAGGUGCUUGACAAGUUCAAGCUUUCUCUGUGCGACAAGUCGCAAAAUCCACUCCGGUACAAACUUGGCGCACGAUUCCUCUAUCCGGAACGCGGAGUUUGGAUCAAGGUAACUCACCUUGGUGCAAACGAUAAGUGAAGUCAUCAGUUGUUGGACUGCCCCGUAUAACCCAGUCAAAAGUUCUGGUUUACGGUAUUGGAAUCGUAGUGAAUGUUAUUUAGUGUAAAAUCGUGAACCCGAGACGAACGAACUCAUUCAAAACUACAUUCUGUUUUUGAUAAAUUUUAUAUAUUUGGGUACGCAAAAUUUUGGGAACAGAUGUGCGAUGUGAAAUAUAAUUUUUAUACCACAAUUUUUAUACACAAAAUGUUUUAAAAUGACGUUACCUUGAACGAUCAUUAACACGGUAAAGCGAUUGAAGCAAAUCUUGACUUGUCACUAUCGUCUUCAACCAGAGGAGUAGACAUACUUAUUGCUACAUUCAGUUAGUAGCAAUAAAACUUGUUUACUAUUUUCUAUUUGAGGAGAGGAAUAAAAAUGUAGUCAGACAUUCAAUAACUAUUUGUUGAAAAUAUAUUCUUAGUAUUGUUUACAUCAAGUUUUGUACAAGGAAAUAGAAUGUGGCUAGUUCCUUGAAACAAAAUUAAUUUACAAUAAGAAAAUGAUUUGUGUUGUUUCUGUGUGACCGUGAGAAAUAUUACGUGCAGGUUUCUUGGCGAGAACGUAUUUGAACACUCAGUCAUUCGAUAUUAACUCAUGACACAAACGACAAGAUUUUUUAAUCUGAUAUAUUCUUCGAUACUGAACUUAAUUCAGAUUGUCCAAUAUCUUUGUAAAUUUAUUUCGUGCCGACUACAAUGGGUAAACAAUCAUAAUUGCAUUGAUAUCAAGCGUACGAGAAAACUUAUUCGUAUCUGCUAACUCAUACGAGAAUAAAUCUGAUAAGAUAUUACAGAUUACGAUAAUCAUGACAAGAACAAAAUUAAACGAUUUAUGCGCACGAAUAUAUCCAUAAUUAUAUAAAUAAUCGAACGACUUCAAGAGUAUGAAAGAUGUCGGCAUUUUCCUUGAAAAUCUAAGCGUUCACUGUCACCAUCAUCUGGCAGAAACCAAACUGUAAUACGUAAUAAAAAAAAAGUAUUAAUCA